AUGGUGCGCAUCAUCGACGGCGAGAUCGUGCAAGAUGACGACCCUCGCCUCCGAGGCUUCCGAAGGCCUGCCGACUCAGCGACCCAGGGAGGCGAGUCGACGACCGCGGACGCGCGGAGGCCGCGCGGAGGCCCUGGGCGGCCGAGCCCUGGCUGGGAUGGCGCGUCCCAGAGAGGAGGUCAGCCACCUGGCAGGCAGGGGCCUUUUGCUGACAUUGAGCUCUUCGGCCACAGAAUAUCUGCCAUGCUGCUCCUGGGUAUCACUGUCGGCUUUAUGUUGUUCGGAUGGAGGAGUCUCCUGUUGGGCGCAUUUUUGUAUUUUGUUAUGAAGAACAACCGAGCCCGUCAGCCACCUGCACAGCAAAGGACAGGUCCCCCUGCCGUUGAACAGUUCAUGCAGCAGUACAUGCAAGAGCAGCCACCAAGAAGGGGCGACACUGGUCAAGAAAGCCAGCAGGAUGGGUCAGCACCGGUCAAGGGAUCGUUUACUGGCCGGUCGUUCAGACUAGGCGACACCUGA